AUGGGGUGCUGCCUGUCCAAGCCGGACGUGCUCGGCGCGUCUCAAAGCGGAGCCGCUCCCGCCAAGGCGCAGAAGGGCAGCGUAGUGGAUGGCGAGGCGCAAGCGGAUAAGGCGGAGGCGGGGAAAACGGUGAAAGCAAUUGACGGACUCGCGGGCGCAGCAGCAGGGGCGGUGGCGGGAGGCGAGGAGGCGAUGGCGGACGCGGAGGAGUUCGCGGACGCGCAGUCGGCGGCUGACGUGGACGACGACUUCAAGAGCGCCGGAGCAGAGUCGCUGUCGUCCGUGAGCUGCCUGAGCUACCAGAUCGAGUCGCUGCAGCCCUCCACGCCCUCCGCGCGCAAGAACCUCGACUUCCCUUCCCCUUCCGCGCAACCUAGCGGUGGGGAGAAGGCGGCGGAAGGGGGGAUAGCAGGGGAGGACGGAAAAGGCGUAGUGGUUGCGGUUGGGGAGGGGGAAGGCGGGGAGGAAACGGGUAAGCGGCGAGGAAAAAGCGGCGGCCGCGGCGGCAUCGAUGGGGUGUUUGAGCGCGGUGGUGCCGGCGGACGGCGUGACCAUGAAUUGCCUGAGCGGCGGGGACAGGCGCGACGGGCGCGCGGACGAGGGGCGCUCCAUGUGGGCGGGGAUGGCGCUGUGGGGGAAGAAGGAGGGGGGCGCGGGGAAGGGGGAGGACGGUGCGACGAAGGAAAGCGCGGCAGCGAAGGAUGGGGAGGAGGUGGGCGCGAAAGCGGAAGGGAACUAGCAGAGGCGGGCGAGGGAGGAGGGGAGGGCGACGUGCUUCCCCAAGCUGAGGCGAAAAAGCGGGAAGGCGGCCGGCAGCAGCGGACACGUGGCGGAUGA